CGAGGUAGCUAUAGCACCGGCGGCGGAGGUUACGGAGGUGGCGGCGGUGGAGGAGGAGCUAAAGGCUCCAGUCUUGGUGCCACAAGAGGCGCUUGUGCACCUGGAAGCCCGAACUGUGGCGGUGGUUCAACCAACUGCAUUCCUGGAAGUCCCAACUGCCCCGGCGGCAGCGCUGUAGCUCCAUGCUUCCAUGGAAGCCCCAACUGCGGUGGCGGCGUGAAUCCAGCUCCAUGCAUACCUGGAAGUCCGAACUGUGGGGGUGGUACAACCAACUGCAUUCCUGGAAGUGCGUGA